AUGCACAGGAAGAACUGUCAGGGGAUUCCGGACCAGAGUAGCAAAGUCACCAGGAGCUUCAAGUGGAGAUGGGAUCCCAGAAAGACUUCUGAGUGUCUAUCAGGCGAAGCUGCCUCUGCUUUGGAGGAGGAGAUGGACAGUGAGAAUAUCCCACAAGAUCUGCUCUCAAACCUAGGCCACCCCCAGAGCCCUCCAAGGAAAUGGCUAAAAAGCAAAGGGACUGACAAAGACUGUUUGAUCAUUUGUAAGCCUAUGCUCAAUGGAAAGAACUUUCUAGGUGUUUCCUGGGACUCCCUUCCAGAUGAGCUGCUCCUUGGGAUCUUUUCCUGCCUGAGCCUCCUUGCACUGCUGAGGGUCUCUGGAGUUUGCAAGAGGUGGUAUCGCCUCUCACUCGAUGAGUCCCUCUGGGAGUCCCUUGAUCUCACAGGUAAAGAUCUUCAACCCGAUGUGAUUGUUCGCUUGCUUUCUCGAGGGGUGAUCGCCUUCUGCUGCCCACGAUCUUUCAUGGAGCAACCAAUGGGUAAAAAUUUCAGCUCUCCAGCAUGUGACUGUGAAGUGGACCAUUAA